UGAGAUUUUUUACUUUUGGUGACUUAAAGAAGACGUAGAUUCUAGAUCUAGAUCUAGAUCUACAUGUGUAUUCUCCGCGUAGUCACUUCGUAAAUAGUGGGCUGCUAUACAAACAAGUGGGCUGCAAUACAAGUGGGCUGCUAUACAAGUGGGCUGCUAUACAAGUAGGCUGCUAUACAAGUGGGCUGCUAUACAAGUGGGCUGCUAUACAAGUGGGCUGCUAUACAAGUGGGCUGCAAUGUUUGACUGACAUGGUUUGUCAUGGCCUGGCUCAGCACCUUCUACCUUGUGUCAGUCUUAUGUUUGGGUCUACAAGGUCAAGAUCAUGUGAUGCUGGUUGAAAACUGCAACUGGCCCAGAGAACAGCUGGUCAAACAAAACAUCUCAGUCAAAAUACCAGAGUCACUGAGGCAAAGUCUGGUACCUAGGCUGACAUGCCAGACUCGGCUCUUGGCUUACACUACUUACAGCCCUCUUCACUUGAGGGUUGUCAGGUUUAACCUGAGCGGCUCCGGCAUCUGCUCAUCCAAAUCUGAACGAGUCACGCUUGAUAUGGGAGAAAACUAUGGGUACAGGAACAUUUCCUGGUGUGGCCAGACUUUUGCUUACGACCUUCAGCUGUCAGUAUUUGAGCUGACCUUGACCUACUAUACUGGGGAAAAUGGUGCUGGGAGUGGAUUUGAGAUUGAGUUUUCACAAGGAGACAGAACCCAAGCACAAGAUGUCCAGUGCACUAGACUCCCUGUGGCUGUAGAGCCAAGACUCUUGUACUCACCCAACUACCCAGACAACUACCAAAGUUCUGUAAGAAAACUCUACUGUCUGGAGGCAGCCAGCAAUUAUUACAUACACGUACACUCAAGGGAGAUGAAUCUGGAACUUGGGUGCGGCUACGACUUUCUCAACAUAAGCAAUUCAAUCUUCUGUGGAAGGCAAGACAUUGACAUCAUACUGCCCACAUCAUUUGCCUCAUUCAAGUUUCAAUCAGAUGGUAAUAAAGAAUAUCCAGGGUACAUCUUAGAGUACCAGGCCAUUAAUGCCACAACUUUGACGUGUGCCUACAACAGAACUGUCACUGCCACUGACAUUGAAACAGUUUUAUACCUGGUCAACAUGACACAGAGGUGCGCUGUUGUUGUUGACUCUGGCUCGGAUGACAAGGUGCUCAGUCUAAAUCUCAACAACCCCCAGCACAUGGACAUCUUUAUAGACAACAAGAAGAUUUUGUUGGAGGCUAAACACAUGCUCACACCUGGACGGCAGGUGUUUAUUCAGGUGUCACCGGCCUGGUUUCAGGACACGGCAUUGACCUGGUUCAUGACAGUACAGGCCGUCAAUACAAAUUUUGUCCCUGCCUUAGCAGGCAACAGCUCGUUAGUCUGGCUCAGUGGCAACUUAAUGAGGGAGCAGGUGAGAAUCCAGUCCUUCGCUGAUCUACAGCUCCAGGUGUUCUCUCUGACAGGUGUUUCAGCGACGCAAGUAAAACCCAUGACAGUUUCUGAAUACCUGGCAGUGUAUCAAGGUCCUGACUCGAGUUAUUUUGAACUAACCAGUGACUGUAAUGGUGAUAUCUUGAUGAGUGAUAAAGUUCAAAGUUUAAGGUCACUGAUAGAAAAAAUAGCUGGAACCACAGCUCAAGAACAGGAUGGCAUUUUGACCACGGAGUAUUUGACCAUUACCUUCAGAAAAAAAUCUGAGGAUGGUAUCUGGCUCUACAUCACGGAGGCUGAUUCUCCAUGGCAACCAAAAACCAAAUUUCCUGGUGAAGAUAUUGCAUUCAACAGCAGAUUUAUGAGCAAUGUCAAAACAAAGAACCUGUACUGUAGCUGGGAGGUCAAGGUCACCAAAGAGAUCGUCCAGAUCACUGCUGACAGCAACUUUGCACCCUUCCAACUUGGUCGGCAUAACUCAUUUCUUGUGGAACAAGUUGUGAACUCAGCCUCAGCCGUCCUGGCCAGAUUUGAUCAGUUUGACAAGCCGAGCCAAAAGAUUGUUUACUCCCAGCUGCCAGUUGUCAUCCACGUUGUUGUAGUCCAGGAUGUGGAGCCUCGGUUUGAGUUCAGAUGUUACCAGGACUAUCUCUCUAAUAUCAAGCAGUGUCUUGAUUUUGGCACUUUUUCAACCAACACAUCUAAAGUAGUUGUAUCAACCCCCAACUACCCCAGCUUUUAUUUGAGUGACUGCCACUGUUCCUGGACUAUACGUCGUGAUGUCACCCAGUACACAGCAACUGUCAUUGAGUUUCCUGAGAUCACAUACAACAUGUGUGGGCAGGGUGUCAACACAGGACCUCUCACCAUCUCCACAAGUAACUCAGGUAAAGACUUCACCAGCGCUGCUGAGAUUUGUCAGACUGGCAGCUUCACCCAAACUUUCACAGACAAAUUUGUCCGGGUGGACUUUACAGCAGAGCAUCAAGUCAAGCCAGGCUUUCAGUUCUACUUCAGUCACCAAGUGACAGCAUACACCUGUGGCAGCAAGAUCGUCUUACAAGAAGGGCAAAACUACACCAUGGUCUUUCCUGCCUCAGGCCUCACUUCACCAGACUGCCACUUCUACCUGUACCCAGCAUCCUACGACUCCCACAUUAGAUUGGCCAUAGAGGACGUCGUCUACCCAUUCAACUUUGUGGAGGUCAAUGCCUCAGGCAAGAUUGAAAAGUUUGUGUCCAGUGACUUCACUGACCAACAGCCUUUUCCUGUGAUCUACAAGCAGACAGCCGUCCAAGUUCACCUUCACCUUGAGCACCUGUUGGCCCACAACUACGCCCUCAAUGCCACCAUGGCCAGAAUUUGUGGAUUAGACCUGGAUGUCUACUCCUACGCUGCAACCCUCACCUCCCCUCAGUAUCCUGAUCUUUAUCCGCUCAAUAAAGUCUGCAAGUGGCACAUGAGGGCGGCUAGUGGCACCAUUUUCUUGGACUUCAUCGAGUUUUCUCUGGAACCUACACUCAACUUUGUACAGUGUUCUAAGGAUUAUCUAGAGAUCUAUGACGGGCCAUUGGCCAGCCAGACCCUAAUCGGCCGCUACUGUGGGGACAUCAGUUACCUACAGGUGGAAAGUCAAACCUCGGAAAUGACGCUGAUUUUUGUGUCUGAUGGGACAGUCAACAAACCUGGGUUCAGGCUCCUGUACAGGGCCAUGACAGCAACCACAGAGAGCCCGGUAUCUGAAAGUUCAGGGUCAUACAUCGUGGGAAUCGUGAUUGGCUGCAUCGUGUUUGUCCUGGUUCUCAUUGCUGUUAUGGUGAUACUCAUCCGCAGAAGGCGCUGGAAGAACAGGACCUGCAGGCAGGGAACUGCUGCUGUAACUGUUGUCAACAGCCGAGAGUCUGCUGUGUUUAUACUGAGCCCAGUCCCCCUAGCCCCACCCCCCUACUCCAUGGAUGCCAGCCCACCCCCCUACAGCCAGGCUAAUGUUGACAGGUAUGAUGACAAUGUAAGAAGACAUGAUGAUUUCAGAUAUGAUGAAUAUGAGGAGCUGGACGACCCCCCACCAUACAGUGAGGAUCUACAACCAGGUCUAACAAACAGAGAUGUGAAUGAACCUGAGGUAAAUGACGGUAGACGUGACGCCAGCACAUAUGUCAGUGGACUCUAUGCCAGCACACAGCACCCUCCUUUAUACGAGAACAUUCACAGACUCAACGUUCAUGUUCCGCAACCUGCAACACAUGUUCCCCAACCUGCAACACAUGUCCCACAACCUCAAGUUUUGGGACCUCUGUAAUCUGAAGUAUUUAAAAAGUCUUUCUGCUGGUUUUACCCAAUGUAAUCUAAAGUAUUUAGAGAAAAAAAAAGUCUUUCUGCUGUAGAGUUUGUUUUUACCCAGGCCCACAGGCUUGUUGAGAGUGCGGAGGUUGUGCUGAAUUGUUUACUAUCUUUUAGUCACUUUGUCUGCCUUUUGCUGCCUGGUACAGAUGAUUGAAACAACACAUCCUAUCUUCAAUGGGAUUAUUACAGAUCCAUACUUGUUUUGUUUGCUUGUUUUAUUAAUGCUGUCAGUUUUGUAACCCUGGGCACUAAACAACAAGGUGUUUGGGGGGAUUUUGGUUUUCUGGAAUGUUUACACUUAUUUUUACAUUUUAUGCUGUCAACUUGUUCUUUUCAUGACAAAUCACAAGAUUAUUUUUAUACUACAGUUUUUUCUGUGUACUUUUAAUGGCAAGGCAGAUCAACAACGCUGGAUUUUAUCAAAUGAAGUGAUCUGAUGGGAUAGUAAUUUUUUUUUUAGGGG